AAACAACCGAGGUCAAGAUUUGUGGUUUAGAAACAGCAUAACACGUAAGACAACACCGUCAUCAACAGCCCCCGUUGGCAGCGUUGACUCUCGCCAUGACCGCAAAAUACACCAAAGACCAACCUGCUGGGUUCACCAACCGCAUCGAGCGCAUCACCAUCGUCGGUGCCGGUGGCACCAUUGGCUACCCAAUCGCCGAAGAACUCCUCGCCACCGGAAAACAUACCAUAACCGCCAUCACCCGGCCCGGCAGCACCAACUCUCUGCCUGUAGGUCUCAAGACCAUUGCCGUGCCCUACGAUAGCAACGAUGGCGAAGCCGCCUUAGUCGACGCUCUCCGGGGCCAACAAGUCCUCAUCAUCUGCCUAUGGUCACAGGCCCCUCCUGACACCCACCACAGGCUCGUCGUCGCGGCCGCCAAGGCUGGUGUGCCCUACGUGAUCCCCAACGGGUAUGGCUGGGUGUGGCUCGACGACGACGAGAAGAAACGCAAGGAGUCGCUGCACGGCGAAGUUGUCUACCAGAAUCUGAAGGACGUCGAAGCGCAGGGGGUGUCGAGCUGGAUCAGCGUUCAUUGCUCGUUUUGGUAUGACUUUUCGCUUUCUAUGGGUGAGCGCACCUACGGUUUUACGCUGCCUGACAAGAAGGUGACCUUCUUUGACAACGGCGAGAAAAAGAUCUGGACCACUACGACGAGGCAGGUGGGAAGAGCCAUCGCGAAGCUCUUCAGCUUGAAGGAGCUACCCGAGGAUGAGAACGACCAAGAUCUCACGGUUGCAAGGUGGAAGAACAGACCGUUGCGUGUCGGGAGCUUCAAUGUCUCGCAGAGAGAUAUGCUGGACUCGGUUCACCGUGUCAUGGGGACCACGGAUGAGGAUUGGACUAUCACAAAGGAAUCUUCUGUGGAGAGGAGGGAGCGGGGAUUGAAGCUCAUGGCGACUGGUCCAAGACAUCAUGAUGGGUUUGUGCUCGCUCUGUAUGCCUCAAUUUUCCUGCCCGAUGAGGUCAGUUGGUUUGGUAAAACGACAUUCGAUGAAGAAGAGGUGGAUAAUCAGUUGUUGGGACUGCCGAAGGAGGAUUUGGAUGAGGCGACCAAGCUCGCGGUCGACAUCGCGGUCAGGAUGAGGCAGUGAUUAGGAUGCUGAAGUUGGCCACACUUUUCAAUAAUCCGCUCAGUUGUCAUGGAAAUCGAUCUUCUAGUUCUUGACAUUUCAAUUAACUAGAGCCUUGUACGUAGUGCGUAAUUGUGAAAGUACGAACCUUCGAAAAUAUUCCCUACGGAGGAAUAUCGAACAUGGAGCAUGCAAAACCGUAAUGCAUGACCCAGAGACAGGAAUGCAGAAAAAUGAGUUGUUGUAAC